AUGGCAGACCAGCCGCCGCCGCUCGAUUCCGAGCUGGAGUCGUUUCGGCAACAAUGGCGCUCGGAACUCAAGACGAAGAAGACAGUCCUAGAACCCCAGUCUUCACAAACCAAUAAGAAGGCCCCGUCAUUCUCCAACCCAUCCGUCCUGGUGGAGAGCUCAAGGGCCGUAGUGCCCAAGAGACACCAAGUAGAAGAAGAUGAGGAAUAUGCCCGCUCCCUGGUAUUUGAUGAGCCGGUACCUUCACAUUCACCUUCCGCGUCUGCUGUGGAGGAACACGCGCCCAGUCAGGUUGAGGAGCCAGUAUCGGCCUUGGAUCAUUUUGAGGCAGCCGUGGAGAAGGAGGCGAUCGGAAGCUUGGGCGAUAGUCUGAAGCUGUACCGCAAAGCUUUCAGGAUGGACAGCCGGGUGGACUUGGCAUAUAGAAAGAAGCACUUUCCUCCAGCCGCCACAAAACCGGCUCAACCGUCGGCGUCAAACGCGCCAACAGUAGCGGGGAAGCCGCCAGAGACGCAGCAACAGACCAUGAGCGAGCUUAUCGCCAGCUUCUCCGGGCUUUCCGUGGCCGCAGCGCCUCCGCCAGUGGAGGGAGAUCCGGCGCCUCCCUGCCCCAUCGCAGAAAUGCCCCAAGAGAUUCUGGUCCACAUCUUCAAAAGCGUGGCUGUCCUCGACGUCGGGGACUUUGUGCGCCUUGCUUUGGUAUGCAAGCGGUUUGCUUACAUUGUCGCCACCGAACAGCAGAUCUGGCGGCGCAUCUGUCUGGGCCCGGAGUUUGGUUUCGCUGGAAUGCAUUACCACUGGCAAAGGGGCGUCUUCUGGGAGCCUCUGGAGCAAGAGGAAGACACGGGAGACCUGGAGUACGUCAGCAUGGAGGAGCUCGCGCAGCGCCGUAGGGAAGAGAGUGAGGCCACGACGUUGGCGCUGCUGCCGGAGAUCUAUUCGUCUUCAUGGCAGAGGAUGUUCAGGCACCGGCCGAGGAUCCGGUUCAACGGCUGCUACAUAAGCACCGUCAACUACAUCCGCCCCGGUCAGGCAGACGCCAACCAGAUCACCUGGAACACCCCUGUGCACAUCGUCACGUACUACCGGUACCUGCGCUUCUUCCGCGACGGCACCGUCAUCAGCCUUCUCACCACCGACGAGCCCGCCAGCGUCGUGCACUACAUGACCCGCGAUCUGCUCAAGCAGCACCGCGGCGGCGGCGCGGCCCACCUGCCGUCGCUUGUUAUGCAGUACGGCCUCCGCGGGCGGUGGCGGAUGUCCUCUGUGCUGGACCACCCGGAUGUGCCCCUUGGUGAGACCGAGAACGAUCUAUUCAUCGAGACGGAGGGGGUCGGGGCAAAGUACACGUAUAGGAUGCAUUUAGAGGUGCGGAGCGCUGGGAGCAAGGGCGCGCGGAACACCAAACUCAUGUGGAAGGGUUUCUAUAGCUACAACAAGGUGACGGACGACCUGGGCGAGUUCGGGCUGAAGAACAGCAAGUCCUUCUUUUUCAGCAGAGUCAAGAGUUACGGCAUUGGGGAGUGA